GCGCCACCACUACUACAUUUUGCUGUUGUAACAACUUCAGGAACGAAAACCCGGUGAAAAACCGAUUUAUUUAUCAUAACAAUAGAGUCUAUCCCUUUGUUCAUUUGAUUAGAAGAAGAAAAUCGUCGAAUUUAAUUAAUUUAGGUCAAUUCCAGUCCAUUGUCCCUUCGAAUUCUGAUAAAAUGAGAAGAAUAAUCGUUGUCUGUUGUUGGUGAAGUGCUUUGUUGAGGUUAUACCCACAUUUUACCCCCCCAGGGGUUAAAAAUAGUCCAAGAACCACUUGACAGUGAAAUAACAAAGAAAAAAAUGCCGGAUAUCAAAGUAACUCCACUGGGAGCUGGACAAGACGUCGGCAGGAGCUGCAUUCUGGUCUCGAUGGGUGGGAAAAACAUUAUGUUGGAUUGUGGAAUGCACAUGGGCUUCAAUGACGAGAGGAGAUUCCCUGAUUUUUCGUAUAUCGUACCUGAAGGGCCCACCACCAAUCACAUCGACUGCGUUAUCAUAUCUCACUUUCAUUUAGAUCACUGUGGGGCCCUUCCCUACUUCACAGAAAUGGUGGGGUACACUGGCCCAAUCUACAUGACUCACCCCACAAAAGCCAUCGCCCCAAUUCUCCUGGAGGACAUGAGGAAGGUAGCUGUGGAGAGAAAGGGUGAGAGCAACUUCUUCACCUCUCAAAUGAUCAAAGACUGCAUGAAGAAAGUGAUAGCAGUCACCCUCCAUCAAUCAGUGAUGGUGGACUCUGAACUGGAGAUCAAGGCCUACUAUGCUGGCCACGUCUUGGGAGCAGCAAUGUUCUGGAUCAGAGUUGGUUCUCAGUCAAUAGUCUACACUGGUGACUACAACAUGACCCCAGACAGGCAUCUGGGAGCUGCUUGGAUCGACAAGUGUCGUCCAGACCUCUUGAUCUCUGAAUCAACAUAUGCAACGACCAUCAGAGACUCCAAACGUUGCAGAGAACGAGACUUCCUCAAGAAGGUGCACGAGUGCAUAGAUCGUGGUGGGAAGAUCCUGAUUCCAGUCUUCGCCCUGGGGAGGGCUCAGGAACUUUGUAUUCUUCUUGAGACGUACUGGGAGAGAAUGAACCUCAAGGUACCUGUUUACUUCGCCCUCGGGCUGACGGAGAAGGCCAACAACUAUUACAAGAUGUUCAUCACUUGGACGAAUCAGAAAAUCAAGAAGACAUUCGUCCAGAGGAAUAUGUUUGAUUUCAAACACAUCAAGCCCUUCGAUAAAGCUUAUAUCGAUAAUCCAGGAGCUAUGGUGGUGUUUGCAACUCCUGGAAUGCUUCAUGCUGGUCUUUCACUCCAGAUAUUCAAGAAGUGGGCGCCCAACGAACUGAAUAUGGUGAUAAUGCCUGGCUUCUGCGUUCAGGGAACUGUUGGCCACAAGGUCUUGAGUGGUGCUAAACGCAUUGAAUUUGAAAAUCGUCAGAUUGUCGAGGUGAAAAUGGCUGUCGAGUACAUGUCAUUCUCAGCUCAUGCUGAUGCCAAAGGUAUCAUGCAGCUCAUUCAGUACUGCGAACCGAAGAAUGUCAUGCUGGUUCAUGGAGAAUUCGCGAAAAUGGAGUACUUGAAGGACAAGAUCAAACAAGAGUAUGGAAUCAAUUGUUAUAAUCCAGCCAAUGGCGAGACCUGUGUCAUCACAACCAGUGCAAAGGUCCCUGUGGAUGCUUCACUGGCACUUCUGAAGGGAGAAGCCAAGAGAUACUCAGCACUUCCACCAGAUCCCAAGCGACGAAGACUUCUUCAUUCUGUUCUGAUGCUCAGGGAGGAUGGAGUGUGUUUGGUUGAUGCUGAUGAAGCUGCCAAGGCUGCUGGCAUUCCUAAACAUGUUGUCAGGUUUACGUCAACUGUACAAGUCAGGGAUCCAGAUCCUCCACAAGCCACGACCCUCAAACUUCUUUCCCCACUGCAGGAGAAACUCGAGGGGUGGCAGUUGUUGAUGAAUGAGGGGUCAAUAUCUGUGGAGUCGGUGCUUGUGAGGGUUGAGGGGGAUGAGGACGAUCAGAAGAUCAUUUAUGUGUCGUGGACCAAUCAGGAUGAGGAUCUGGGAAGCUACAUUCUUGGGUUCUUGCAGAAUAUGUUCAAGUAGAGGGGGGAGGGAUGGAAUUGUUUCAAUCUGUGAUAGACUUGGAGUUAAAAAUUGAAUGUUAUUUUUUUUAUUACAAUAAAAUAAUGCACCUUAUGGUAAGUUUAAAGAAUAAAUGAUGAGGGAGAAUGAAUGGGUACAUCGUCAUUAUUGCAGGGUACAUAUACUUUAUUAUUAGUAUUUUUUUCUGUUCAUUUAAUGCUAUGUAUUGCAACUGUCGUAAUAAUAAGAUACUACCAGAAUUUAUAAUUUUCAUCAUCAAAUUCAGUAAGGCUGACCAAUGGUUUUGUUUUCAUUAAAAUUUCAACAACAUCA